UUUUUCUACAAAUUGAUUUACAAAUAUAUUUUAUUGUCUCGUUACAAAUGUCUCCUGCCAGACAUGAUCUGAAUGUUAUGGAAGAAAACAACCGAACAUCUCAAGAAACUUUCAUCCUCCUCGGACUUGGAUCCGAUGUCCCAUACCUACAAGUCAUCUAUUUCCUUGUGUUCCUUCUGAUGUACAUAAUCACAUUGUCAGGAAAUCUUCUACUGAUCAUUGUGGUGAGGAUCAACCCAAAGCUACAGACCCCCAUGUACUUCUUCCUAAGUAAUCUCUCAAUUAUUGACAUCUUUUUCUCGACUUCCGUUGUUCCCAAACUUCUCACAAACACGCUGGCCAUAGAUAAAAGUAUCUCCUUGGUGGAAUGUGCAUUACAGAUGUACUUCAGUUUAUCUUUAGGAGCAACAGAGUGCGUUAUACUAGCCGUUAUGGCGUAUGACAGGUUUGCUGCCAUCUGUAGACCAUUGCACUACAACACCAUCAUGAACAAGGCAUUGUGUUUCAGUUUAGCAGCUGGAUCGUGGAGUUUUUGCUUCCUAAUCUCAGCCAUCCACGUUGUCCUCAUCUUCCAACUCCCCUACUGCAAGUCCCACCAUGUCAACCACUUCUUCUGUGAGAUGCCUCCUUUCUUUAAACUGUCUUGCCGAGAUCCUUGGUUCAAUGAGAUGCUGAUGUAUAUUGGAGCAGGUAUUAUAAUCAUGUGUUCUUGCUGCUUGACUCUAAUUUCAUACAUCCACAUCAUCUCCACCAUCAUGAAGAUCCGUUCCUCCCAUGGAAGACACAAAGCUUUUUCCACAUGUGCUUCUCACCUGACUGUGGUGAGUCUCUACUAUGGGACCCUCAUGUUUAUGUAUAUGAGACCCCCCUCUAUUUAUUCUGCAGAAAUAGACAAAACUGUGUCCAUUCUCUAUACAGCCGUGACACCGAUGUUGAACCCCAUCAUCUACAGUAUGAGGAACAAGGAUGUCAAAGACACAAUCACAAAACAAAGCAAACAAGAAAUAAACAUCUCCAAUGGAAAAGGCUAAUUAGAGACAG